AGAUAUAUCUUUUGAUAUCUGCUGCUAACGUUUAUCUGAAGAAAUCAAGUCAAAUGUAUAACAAUCAUUUUAAUUAUCUGAGCGGAUAUAAUCAGUUUUAUAUAAGAAAAUGCCUAUAUACGGAUGAAGUCAUAAAAAGAUUCAAAAAGGCUCGAGAAUUUACAGUCAACAAAGCCAUGAUCACAUGCAUUUCUUUUUCGGUUAAUGGACAGUUAAUGGUGACAAGUUCACUAGAUGAUCAAAUAUGUGUUUAUGACUGUAAUACUGGUUUACUUAAGAGAGCGAUACAUGUAGAUAAUUAUGGUGCAGACAUUCUACGCCCCACCUCAUUUUGGGAGAUAUUUUUCAGCUCAACUAAAUUGAAUGAUGACCUCCGGCUUUUGGAUGUGAAUGAAAACAAAUACAUACGGUUUUUUAAGGGACAUGACAAAAGAGUUACCUCUCUCGCUAUCUGUCCAUACUCGCGCCGAUGUUUGUCCACAUCCCUAGAUAGAACUGCUGCAUUAUGGGACACGCGAGUUUUGAACAAGGUCGGAAUGAUCAAUCAUAACAGCGAUAACUCUGUCGUAGCAUUUGACCCAUCUAGUUUAAACUUUGCGUUAGGUGUGAAUGGUUCAUUAUUAAAGUUAUAUGAUUGUCGGAAUGUAAUGAAUGGACCAAUAAAAACCUUUAAAUAUGCAAAUGUGGAAGAUUGGAGUCAAAUCGAAUUUUCAUCUGAUGGAAAUUUUUGUUUAAUAAGUACAAAUAAUGAUGUAAUACGACUUAUUGAUGCCAAACUUGGCGAUCCAGUUCAAUUAUUUUCUGGAUUUGCAAAUACCGUGAAAAUACCAUUAAGAGCUAGCAUAAGUCCUGAUUCAAAAUAUGUAUUAUCGGGUAGUACUGAUUGCCUAGUACACAUUUGGAACCUAAAUACAGGUCAGAAGGUCAAAACAGUCGUUGGUGAUAAGUUUGGACCAGUACAAUGUGUUGCUUUCCAUCCGAAGAGCAUGUUAUUUGCCACUGCAUCAUAUAAGAAUACGUCUUUUUGGAGACCAGAUAUUUUUGAAUAAGUGCAAACACAAUAUCUGUCUUCAACCAUUGCAACCAAAAAAACUUCUUAUUAUUCCUUAAAAACUUACUUUUAAUACUACAUCCUACAUUAUAGUUCCCAGUUAUCAAAUUAUAAGACUGAAAUUCAACAAAACCAAAUCUUCUGAAGAAACGUACUAUUUUGAGUGAUUACAAUUUCAAUUCGUUAUAAUCAGAAUAAAAAAUUCAUUGCUAAAAACGUAUAAAAAUAGCAAUCAAUC